AUGGCGGACGUGAGCGCCACCGCCGCUAGAAGAGUCCGUAGCCGCCACUGCCACGGUGGUGAUGGUGCUGUUGUAGACACAAUCAGCGGUCUACCUGAUGUGAUCCUCCAACAUAUCUUCACCUAUAUUCCAACCAAAUACGCCAUCAGAACUUCUCUCUUGUCAAAACGGUGGAGACGUGUAUGGUGUGACACACCUUCCCUCUCCUUCAACAGCUCUAUACUUAACGACGAUUGGAUUAACCAAACACCAACCGGCUACACCGCUCCCAAGAUGAUGCACUUUCACCUCAAAAGCGACAAGAAGCACGAUGCUCCCCACAUAGACAAGUGGCUAGAGUUCGUCAUGUCCCGGCACGUUGAGAAUAUGGUCCUGUCUUUCUUGCUUCUCAAGUAUAGUUUUCCUGACUUCUUCUACGUCAACCCUUCUCUCAAGCAACUCACCUUAAAGUACUGUGAUAUGUCUCCUGAGUGCUCAGUGUCUUGGACAUCUCUCAAGAAACUGUCCUUGGUUAGAUGUAGUGUCUCUGAUGAAUCUAUGGCUAAGAUUCUAUCUGGCUGUCCCGUUCUCGAGAGCUUAACACUGAAUCGCUGCCAUGGACUAAGUUAUCUUGAUCUUAGCAGAUCACUGCGUCUGAGAACAGUAGUAGUAGUAGAGCGGAGCAGUUCGGUUACGGGGCCAAAAGUUAUUGAGGCACCACAUAUCCAUUAUCUCUAUUUGAGAUACGCUCAGUUCCCAUGUACUUUAGUUGAUGUCUCGUCUUUAACCGAAGCUGAUGUCGACACGAAUGAAGUAAUAACCUACAGUGAUAAGGUGAUGAAUAUGCUAGAAAAGCUACAGCAUGUUGAGAAACUUACUUUUGGAGGAAACCUUCUUCAGGUUUUAUCUGUUGCCCAGCUUCGUGGUGUUCCUUUUCCAAUGUUUGAGGUCAAAGCAUUGACACUUAAGACAAGGAUCUUUCAUUAUGUUAUUCCUGGCAUAAAAGGGGUGUUACAAAACUCGCAUGAUUUAAAGAAGCUAACAGUACACACAAUCCAUUGCAAAACCAAACCGGUAUAUAUCUAUCUUACGAUAAACCUCUUUAUAUAUCCUUGUCUCUUCAAUAUGGCUCAGUUGUCCCGGAGAUCAAAAGAUGCGGUCCGUAGGGAUAUUAAGGCAAAGCGCUUGACUUCACUCGUCGUACUUGUGCUUAAAAACACAAAGACAUUAGAGAACAUGUUCCUAGUCUUGGACAAGCAAUACCAUAAGUUCAAAAAGAUGAUUCAAAAACUUUCUCGUUACAACAAAGUCUCCAUUGCCUUAGCAAAUUAGACUCAUGGUGAAUCAUAGGGUUUAGUUCCUGAUGAACUUUUAUUUUAUGUAUUGGAUCAAUUGUGAUUAUCUAUUCAUGGCUUUUCUUUAACACUCUAUCCUCUCUACUCUCUAGAGAAGAGCGUGCUACUUAACAUAAAUUAUAGAAUUACACAUAGUUAUUCAAAUGUAUAAAAUAUCAAAAUAUUAAUU